CGGGGUGGAACGGGAGGUGGCGGAGGAUAUCGUGGGCCGCGGGAGCUGGUGAUUCGGUACGAUGGGCCGCGACGUCGCUGCGAGCCACGAUGACGAGGUAGCAGCGACGGCGACGGCAAAUUUGUUAGAAUCGAGUUCGUCGGGGAAAACGGGAGUAAGAAUAAGUAACGAGGUACGGGCGGAGGCAGGUGAGCCGGCAGAGGGUGGUGACAUUGUCGACCUCACCGUUGGCUGGGGGAGGUAGCUGAAGGUAGGCGGUGAGGUGUGGGCAAGCAAUGCAGCGGCUGCGCUCGACUUUCAAGCGAUCGCGCACGCCGACUGGUGCCGAGAUGAAGUCGCAGUCGAGUUUGGAGGUCCCCAAGCAGGUGAGAUCGGCAUCCUUCGACGAGAUACAACUCGAGGCGAAACGUCAGGACGGGGCGAGGGCGAGGGAUCAACAGAGCCUCGCCGACGCCGCGGCAUCUUCUUCUUACCCUCGUCAUCCGUCGUCCUACCCUCUCGUUGCCACCGCUACCUCCGACGACAGCGAAACAUCGUUACUUACAUCUACCAGCCUCACCAUCGCCAAUUCCAAUCGGCAAUCGCACCAGGAGUCUGCCUCCGGCUCCGGUGUGAGGAGACUCACGACACUAAGGGUUCCCCAAUUGAGGAGCAAUCAAAGAUCUAAGAGCUUCGACGCCUGCGGAAUCGACAAACGUACCGCUGGCAGCCCUUCGCCCUCUCCCGUACUUCAAAUUUCCGGAUGCUACCACUGCGCCUGCGUUGAAGAAUACGAGAGACAGCGGCAAGCUGUAAAAAAUGAAGCCGGAGAAUCCCCAUCGGCUUAUUCGGCCGGAAAAACUCUGCUGGAUCACGACGGAAGUGACUCGCGAAGCGGGAAAACCGACGCCGGCGAUGAAGACGCCGACGAAGAGAGGGGGGAUAACAACGACGACGACGACGACGUCGACGAUGACGAGGAUCCCGACGAUUCGCCGGAGGACGAGGACGAGGACGACGCGUCCAGAGCUUCGUCUCGUCGCAGGGUGCAAACGUCCCCUUCGUCGUCCGGAUCGUCGCAUCUCGGCGAACGAGACCGCGAUCACAGCCCCGAGAUUCGGGUCACUCUGACCACCACCGAUUCGUGUUAUCAGUCGGGAAGGCGACGAUCCGUCGCCUCGCCAAAAUUGUCGCGCCAGGAGGCCCUCACCUCCUUUCCCCCCGACCCGCCCUACGCCCUCGGCACCAGGGACGAGAGUAACGACGACGACGGUGACGGGAGUUCCGAGCUUUCGACGGCUGAGACGGAAACGGACGAUCGUACGGGAUCUAAAGGGGGACGAUUCGUCGUCAGGGAUAUAUUUCUCACGGUACCGGAGCUCAAAAGGGAUCGCGCCGCUUCCGUUGACUCGUGUUUCAACGGUAGCAAAAAUGCGGAGAAAAGUAGCCCCAGUCAACAAGGGCUACUCGCCGUUCCUCAACAGAGCUUGCGCUCGAAAAGCGUUGACAUCGUUUUACCCACCGACGUUCAAACGAGAUACACCGCUCUUCUACCUUCCAACGAGUCUCGUCCUUUGCGAGGAGGGAGAGAGGGUGGCGAGAGCGGCUCCGGCGCUGGACAGCAAAGAGAACCCCGAUCGACGCCAGACUGGGGACCGAGCGCGAUCAACGGGGAACAUCUCUGGGUCCCGACCGCUGCUUCGGGGGAUUUUUGCUACGUAACCGAUUGCUCCAAACACGGUGCGAGGCUGAAGUGUGCAGCGUGCCGAGUGGUAGCUCACGCGUGUUGCGCGACGACGCUCGGUUUCGCUUGUAAGCCUAGUUUUCGUGACGUCGGCGUUCGGCAAUACCGCGAACAGACGUCCACCCAUCACCACUGGGUUCACAGAAGAUCGCAAAAGGGGAAAUGCGCCAAUUGCAGCAAAUCGUUUCAAUCGAAAUUGAGCUUUAGCUCGAAGGAAAUAGUCGCGGUCAGUUGCAGCUGGUGCAAAACCGCUUAUCACAACAAAGAAGCCUGUUUCAACGUUCAGAAAAUAGGGGAGAAUUGCGAUCUGGGAAGUCACGUUUCCGUAAUAGUCCCACCGUCGUGGAUAGUGAAACUACCGCGCAAGGGUAGCUUCAAAAGUAGCCUUCGAAAAUCACCCCAAAAAAAGAAGUCGUCCAGCGGUGGCGGAUGUUUGGCGGGUACCGCGUCUACGAGGAAGAAAAAUAAGGACAAAGAGAAAGACAAGGAUAAGGAACAAGGGAAACUCUGGAUCGUCAAACCGAUACCGACCGCGAGCGUACGACCCGUUCUCGUGUUCAUCAAUCCAAAAUCUGGCGGGAACCAGGGGGCCAAGUUGCUGCAAAAAUUUCAAUGGCACCUCAACCCGCGACAAGUUUUCGACCUCACUCAGGGUGGACCAAAAAUGGGAUUGGAGCUAUUCAAAAAAGUCCCAAAUCUGAGGGUCCUGGCAUGCGGAGGUGACGGCACGGUUGGUUGGGUUCUUUCGAUCCUCGACCAAAUCGGAGCAUCACCUCCUCCAGCUGUGGGCGUUCUUCCGUUAGGAACGGGCAACGAUCUGGCGCGUGCUCUCGGCUGGGGCGGUGGUUACACGGAUGAACCGAUUGCUAAGAUACUCACAAAUAUCGGGGACAGUGACACCACGUUAUUGGACAGAUGGCAGUUGACCGUCGAACGAAACACGGACGCUCCCAACGACGACGAAGCCGGAAAGGGGAAGGAAAGCCUCCCGCUGAAUGUCGUCAACAACUAUUUCUCCCUCGGCGUCGACGCUCACAUAGCUUUAGAGUUUCACGAAGCCAGAGAGGCUCAUCCCGAAAAAUUCAACUCUCGCCUUCGGAACAAAAUGUUCUACGGACAAAUGGGAGGCAAGGAUCUAGUCCGCCGGAAAUGGAAGGAUCUCUCGGAGUUCGUUACUCUGGAAUGCGACGGGCAGGAUCUCACGCCAAAAUUGAAAGAGCACCGUGUCCACGCCAUCGUGUUUCUGAACAUCGGUUCUUACGGAGGAGGAACUCACCCCUGGCCGGCCGGGGGCGGAGGAAGUAGCGGCGGAGGAUCCGGCGGAGAACCAAAAACGGACGACGGGCUCAUCGAGGUCGUGGGAUUGACCACUUACCAACUUCCUCUGCUUCAAGCGGGGGGCCAUGGCACCUGCAUAGCGCAGUGCAGCAAAGCGAAACUCGUCACAACGAGGACGAUUCCUAUGCAGGUCGACGGUGAGGCUUGUCGUCUACUCCCAUCGGUCAUAUCGAUGUCCUUGUUGAACAAGGCGACGAUGCUCGCCAAGCGAAGGAAUACCGGAAAGCCUCAGCAAAAUGUCGGUACUAAACUUGAACGAUUGAAACUACCGGUUAUGAGAAUAAAAAUGUCAGACUACGAAGCUUUCCAUUCGGACAAGGAGCGGCUGAAGAGAUCCGCCGUGUCGUGGCUACCGGAUAAUCUCGACCUUGACGCUACUCUUGACCUCGAAUCCCUCAGAGGGAUGCUAGCGAAAGAAUUACCCAUGGACGCAUGCUGCUUCUUGGACUCUUGCACGGCGGAACGGUUCUUCCGAAUCGACAGGGCGCAGGAACAACUCCAUUACGUGACGGACGUGGCCGCCGACGCUUUGUACGUUCUCGAGGAGGGUUUAGCGGCGGUUCCGAGUCAGGAUGUGGAUGUCGCUCAGCCGUCGCCAAGUGACGAAACAUCCAGGCAUGCCCCCGGGACGACAACGGAGGAGAAGCGGUCGUCUCCGGGACGCCUUUCUCCGUCGGAUCAAACACGAGCCACGCGAGAACCGGAUCAAGAGCGUCGUCACUCCGGUCGAAGGGUACCGGAAAUAGCAGUUCCCUCGAAAGACAUUGAGUCUGGAAAAGGGUCGGGGAAAAUUGCUCCGAACGGUUCCUCUUCGAUCAGCAAAUCGAACGAUACUCCCUCGGCGACACCGAGUCAGUCGUAUCAGCCUCUUUCCUACGUUAGCUCCAGGGAUCGUCUGUUCGGUUUGAGCGCAGAGGUACAUUCCCACGGUCGUUCGUUCGGCGGUGGACUUCUCGAGAAGACGAAUGACGGAAUUUUGAGGGCAGCAAAAACUGGUGAUCUGCAAGCUAUGAAGGAUCUGCACUCUCGGGGCUACUCUCUGCUGUCAAUCGAUGUCAACGGGCAAACCGCCCUUCACUUAGCUGCUAGGCACGGGCACAAGGACAUCGUGAGGUACCUCGUAGCCUGCGCACCACCCACGAUAUUGAACAUGGUUGACAACGACAAGGGACAAACGGCCCUUCACAAGGCUGCUCAGCAAAAGCGUCGAUCAGUUUGCUGUAUGCUGGUAGCUGGCGGAGCAACUCUCACGGUUCGUGAUCGUCAAGGAAAUACGCCGCGACAGCUCGCUCUUAACGCGGAAGAUCGAGAGCUGGCAGCCUACCUCGAAAGUCAGGAGCAGUUUCAUCUGGUCACGGUGGACAUGGAAAACGUUCUCUGACCCACCGAGCUUUACGGCCGGGCUUAAUUAGCCCGCAGCGUAUUAAAUCGAUCAUCUAUGCAUACCUGGAGUUAUAUAUACAAAGGUGUUUACCUACGCAAUUCGCGUAGGUACAUACAUAUAGUUAUAGUUAUAUAAAAACGUGCGUAUCACGAUUUUAUUUUACGAAUGAUAUCAUAUAUAAUACCAAAAUUAUAAUCGUGAUAAUCUGUUUUCUAAUAGAAAAUAGAAGUUUUGAACUUUUUUGAAUCCUAUAUUACAACUUUCAUACACAUUAUAAAAAGAUAAAAAAAAAAAAGAAAAAUACCAAAAAAAAUAUCAAAAAGUUUUCAACUAUUCAGAGGUUUCCAUUAUAAAAUCAUUACAGACAAAAAAAACACAUUUGAUGAUAUUUAACUUAUAUACCACGUAUGAUAGCGUAUAAGCAUAUAUAUACUAUACGUAAUAUGUUUUACCUAAAUUAUGUACUCGACGAUUUUCAUCCUGCUCCAUGACCGUAGCCUAUUAAAAAUAUAAUUACUUAAACACACAGACACACACACACACACACAUAUACACACGUAAUAUAGCAUGCGGGUUCAUGACGCUGCCGCAUAUAAACUUUAUGUAUCUAAAUUUUCACGACGAGGUGGCGUCUGAACUAUGACAAAAAAAAAUUAGUCAUGUACUAGAGACCACGUAUAACUAUACUGUACUAAACCCGUUGGGACAAAAAAAAAAAAAAAAAAAGAAAAAACAUUUUAUGUGCCGGGGACACGAGGAAAGCUUUAAAUAAUAAAUUUGGCAACUCGUAGUUCUACGCAGGCAAACACAACCAAAACCUAUAUACAUAUAAUCUAAUGACAAAUGAAGUAAGUAAAUGUUCGGUACCAAAAAUGAAAUGAACGGGAUCAACGUGAGAACACCAAUUAAUUCUUAGAUGCGAUCGAAUGCUAUAUCUUCUCCUAACAAUUUGAUAUAUAUACAACAGAUUAUGAGAAAAAAAAUGACAAAAAAAACCAAAAAAAAAAAAAAAUUAUUCCUCGAUGUAAAAUUUUCUCAAUUAUCAUAGUACUGCUAUAUUAUAAUUAUAAUUAACUAUAUACACACAUACGAUAUAAAUAUGCAUAUUAUGUAUAUAUAUACAUUUAUAAUAUGUGCAACAAAGAGACGAUCGAAGUAUACCUAUGUAAACGUUUUUAGGGAUCAUCGAACCCGAAUAUCCAGCGUGAUUGUUGUAAAGUAGAUUUAUCGUAUUUAUUGAAAUCUCGACUUGAGUUAUAUCGAUUCUCCUAUUCUUAUAUACGUAUAUAACUUGCACGAUUAAAAACCAAAACCAAGUAAAAAAGCAACAAAAAAAAAAAAAAAUGAAAUGAAGAUGAGCAAGAAAAUGUUUAAAUACUUGUACCUUUAUAUUUGUUAUACAUAUAUGUACGUAUGUUUGAAAUUUUGUUCGGAACUUUUUACGCGAGCAUUAAUAUUUCGCGACCUCAAGAACGCGAUGGUCGCUGUUUGUCUAGUCAAACAAGAAAAGAAAAACUGACUUUUGUCCUUACAUAUUGUUCUGCCAAAUCACAUUGACGCAAAUGUAAUGUAUGAACAUUUUUCGCAGAUACGAAAAAGAAUGAAUAUGUAUGAAAAAAUAAUGUUCGCAAUGUUCGAAAUGUACAGUUCGCGUAAAUUGUCUCGUACUGAUAAGUACCUACUUAUUGUGUAUAUAUGCAUACAGACAUAUCCAUACAAGUAUACAUAUUUAUAAUAAUAUUAGAAAUUGUAUAAAGUAUAAUAAAUUUAACGGAAAUGCCUUCGACGGUCCACAAAAAGAUAUUAAUAUAGUCGUAGAAAGAGGGAAAAAGAGAAGAAGCUAAAUAUGAAAUACAAAGAGAAGAGAAAGAAAGAAAGUGAAAAAAAGAAAGAAAAGUAAAAUGACUAAAAGAGUGAACUACCUUAACGUAAUUUAAAAUGAAACUGAAACACAGUAUUGCCUUCCUCGAGGAGGGUUUGGACCGCGAAUUUCGUAAUUUAUAAAGCAAUAAAAUGGACAAUCAUUAAUUGCGGUCCGAACCCUUUACACAAUAUUACCUAUUGUUAGUUUGUAUAUUUUCAUUUCUAUAAUUAUCUAAUUAUAUUAUAAUUAAGUAUAUAAUGAACAAUCCCUCGUGCGAUGACGAUUCAUUAUUUCUAAUCUAUAUACCUAGCUCUCCAAUUUUUUGAUUCUACUGUACAAUUUUAAUAUCUAAACCCGAAAAAGAUUUAAAAAAAAAAGAAAAAGAAAAAACGAAGAAAAAAAGUUCAACCAACGUAUAUAUUAUAUAUACCUAUAUAUAAUAUAAUAUACACCUACGUAUACAUUUUAAAUAACUAGACUCAAUUAAUUCUUUUUUUAUACGCUAUCCCCGUACGUAGUGCCUCCGUUUUCAAAACUAACUAUACAUAUUGUAUGUACAUACUAUAUACAUUGAUACUCUAUAAAUUAAUUAUGGGAAUUCUGAUUCACGUUUUCUUUUUUCUUUUUUUUUUUUCUUCUUUUGUGAUUUUUAUAGGUAUACAUUAUUGCCUAUAUUCAACGAUUGAUACUCACUUUUAUAGUUUUACAUAAGCCACGUUAAUAGUACAUACUAUUUAUUUUAUUAUCGAUUAUCAAAUAUCGAACGAAGCAUUAAACACGAUUAUAGUUACUUACGAGAUGAAUAACGGGUUAUUAAUUAACAUGGCCUGCGGUCAUCAGUAAUAUUUUUUAUGUAGCCCUUUCGAGUGAUCUUUAUUGGUUUACUCCAUCUACACUACUGUCGUUAUUAUUCUCAUCGUUGAUAUGACUAUUGAAAUUAUUAUAGUUCGUUGGUAAUAUUAAUUUUCAAUACGAUUCGAUUAUAAAAAGUUUUUUGGCUCGGCAUCAUCACCACUUUGGGUUCGGAAUUGUAAAAAUCAUCGUGCGUAGUUUUUUUUUUAUUUUAUCUAUUUUUGAAAAAACUUAGGUACAUUUCACAAUCAUUAUCAUUGUUGUUGUUAUUAAUAUGAUAGCUAAAUUAUUGUUCCAGCUGUUAACGCGUUAUUGUUAUUAUGUACUGUACCCUGUACUGUAAAUAAUAUAUCAUAAAUAUGUUAUAUUAUAUAAUUGACAAAAAUUUACCGUUGAAAAUCGUUAUACAGUAUAUUGAAGUGUAAGAAAUAUAUAAAAUUUUAUUUUCGUUAAAUUAGCAAUAAUUUAAUGAUAAUGAUAAUGAUAAUGAUGAUGUUAUUAUUAUAAACGUAAUCAACAACAAUAAUAACAACGCGCACGGCACGCGACUCGUUGUGUAGUCAAUUUAACGAAGAAAUAAAAUCCUAAAUAAUACGUGAACGAUAAAACAGGUGAAAUUAUUGAAGUAUAUUAUGUAUGAUAAAUAAAAUAAGGAAAAAAUAUACUAUAUAUAUUAUACACAUAUAUAGUUGCUCUGUUUCUAAAGUGUCAAGUUGAUAUAUCAAUUAUUGUUUGCUAUAUGCAAACUAUGCAAGAGAUUUAUUACGUUACAUAUUAUCGCAACUUGCAUCGUAGAUUAAAGAAAAGAUCAGUAUGAAUAACAGAAAGAAAUAAGAAAUGACAGAAAACGCAAGACGGUUCAUCCAUGAUAAUUGAUGGAACAUAGAUUCAUGAUUGAAAAACUUGUUAAAUUCCAUCUUGUCGAUGAUUAUGGAUACAAUUUUGUUUUUGAUGCAUCAAUGAUUACAAUACUGUGGAUGAAACGCUUCGUGUUUUUAUUGUAUGUAUAUAUAUACACACACACAUAGAGUUAUCAAGUUAAUCAAUCAAUAAUUAUUAAAUUUUGUCGCCUCAAGUCAAAGUAAAAUCGCAUACCUCGUGAACGUGUGAAAUCGUGUACGUAUCGUACGAGAACACGAGAGAAAAACUUACAGAUCUUACGCGAUAUACGAAAACUAAGGCGGCGAAUAAUCUCGGUACUUUCCAAUGGAAUCUCUACAUACUUCGUAUACCUAUACUUACCUAUACAUAUAUAAAUAUAUAUUUCCUCGAUUAACAACGUUUAUCUGUAAAGUUGAUUAAAUUUUACGAUAAUAAAGAUAUUCAAAGUAUAGUA